AUGCAGCGUGGUCAAUCACUUUGGGUGUAUUCAGAGGACCCGGCCAAUGCUGCCCAGUUAGAUGAUGUGUUACACCUUGAUGCGUACGAUUUCUUUCGAGUCUGUGCCGAGGAUCCCGAUAGCGAGAUACCUACCAGCAAGUGUCAUAUACAGGUCCCGCUCAAAUCGCUGCGGGCUGGUAUUGCAGCGGCUGUAAUUGACGAGCGGAGGGAGUUAGCAGAGAAAAAGUGCGAACCUAGGGCAGAGCUAGCGAAGCCAAAGCCCGAGGGCAAGCAACGGUCGAGGACAGCGAUGGAGGCACUGGGGAUCCCCGAUACUAAAAGGGGUAAGAAAAUAAUAAACUUUGCUGGUUGA